GGAAUCCGAACGGUUCGAUGAGUAUUGACGACAAGAACAAAGCCCUGUCGAUUCCGAUGAACUUCUGAUAAUCGGUUCUUUGCUCAGACAAUCUAUCUAUUCAGAAGCGAAGUGGGUAUACAGUUACUACUUCGUUUCAGGGUCGGAAGAAAGAAGGGAAGACAAAAUCCAAUUUUUGUUUUUGUUCGAUCGCAACAGUAUCUUGACUUUGUAAGAUAUGGACAGAAUCAGUGAGUUGUCUGAUGAAUUGCUGGUUAAGAUACUAUCGGUUGUUCCGACAAAAGUGGCUGUAUCCACUAGCAUUCUGUCUAAGCGUUGGGAGUUUCUCUGGAUGUGGGUGCCUAAGCUCGAGUACAACGAUGUCAAUGACAUUACUGAUACCAAUGGUUCAGAGUCUUCACUCCAGAGGUAUCGAGAUUUUAUAAACAAGAAUCUGCCUUUACAUAGAGCUCCGAUCAUAGAAAGUCUGUGCCUUAGGUUUCGUUCUGCAUCAUUUCGACCUGAGGAUAUCAAUCUAUGGGUUGGAAUUGCAGUCUCUCGCUGCGUGCGAGAGCUAAGUAUCUGCUAUCUUCCUUACAAUGACGAACCUGGUGUAGCAUUGCCGAGUAGUUUACAUACCUGCAAAUCACUCGUCACUUUGAAGAUUGAAGGCAUGGAGAUUAUUGUGGAUGUCCCUGGAACGGGUUGUCUCCCUUGUUUGAAAACUUUGGAACUUCGAAAUGUGGCAUACUCAAGUGAAGAUUCUCUUGGUUUGCUUCUGUCGUGUUGCCCUGUUCUUGAAGAUCUGUUUAUUGAACGAGUAGAGGGUGACAAUGUGAAAGCGUUAGUUGUUGUUGUCCCGUCUUUGCAGAGGUUAUCCUUAUAUACAGAAGAUUCAUGUUCUUCUGAUGGGUAUGUGAUAGAUACCCCUUCUUUGAAAUAUUUCGAACUUUUGGACCACAGAGACAGUUUCUCCUAUUCGAUUAAGCAUAUGCCAAACUUGGAAGAGGCAUAUAUCUCUAUUUUGAAGGAUCUGGACGAGUUUCUUGAAGCAAUCACAUCUGUCAAACGUCUUAUAUUAAAAGUACUUACCAACAAUGACGAAGAGGCUAUGUACCCUGCUGGUAUAGUCUUCGAUCAGCUUGAACAUCUGGAGCUAUGUAUAUUCAAUGAUUAUUGGUCGAAGUUAAUCGUCAGGUUGCUCAAUGAUUCUCCUAAACUGCGAGUCCUCAGUCUCUCCGUCGAUGGUUGUUUUGAGGCGUAUGAAUGGUUGAGCAAUGAACGGAGUCCGGUUGCUAAAUGUUUGUUGAAGAGUCUUGAAACUUUCGAGUUUACAGGGUACGAGGGAAGACCAGAAGAGAGAGGUUUCGUGAGUUUUAUCUUCAAACAUGCUCGUCGUCUCAAGUCUACAUCAAUCUUGCGCUCAUCAUUGGUGCAAUGUUCGGUUAUGGAUGUUACGUUUGUUUUGUUGUCCAAGAAUUAUGUGUUUAACUAGAUUUGGUACUUUUGGUUUGUUAUGUAUUAUGACUUAUGAUUAGUAUGGGUGUGCCUUGCGACUCAAGUCUCUUACUAAAGAUGUCGCAGAUUCAA